AUGGCUACAGGCGUUACAGCGGAAACGUUGGACAAAAUGAUAGCUGUACUAGAAGAAAUGGGUACCAAAAAAGGGAUUCAAAUGAAUCAAAAAAUAACGUUGGAAGAAAUAUUGGCAUUAAUGUCCACUGCUGGGCUAAUUAUGAUGGAAGAAGGUUCACUGGUUGAAGUUGAAGUGCCAAUCAAAGUUGUUGGCGAUAUCCAUGGGCAGUAUGAAGACAUGCAUAAACUAUUUGGAGUGAUCGGUAGAGUACCGGAAGUGAAAAUGAUUUUCUUGGGAGAUUAUAUCGAUCGCGGGCCGCAAUCGAUUGAAACAAUGAUUUAUCUGCUGUGUUUGAAAGUGAAAUAUCGAGAUCGCAUUUUUUUGCUUCGAGGGAACCACGAGACCCCAGCAGUAAAUCGUAUAUACGGCUUCUACAACGAAUGUGCGCUUAAAUAUGGCGUUGGCUUAUGGUGGGAUUUCCAGUCAUUUUUCAACCGUAUGCCUAUGGCUGGACUUAUCUCUAAACGUGUUCUUUGCAUGCAUGGUGGCCUAUCACCGCAUCUUACCAGUCUCGAGCAAAUCCGCCAAAUUAAACGCCCUUGCGAACCGCUGGAUCGUGGAUUGCUGAUCGAUUUGGUUUGGUCAGACCCAACAAAUAAAGGAGAUGGAUGGUUCUACUCUCCACGCGGUCUCAGUUAUUCAUUCGGUAAAGGUGCUUUGCUUGCCGCUUGCAAACUGUUAAAAAUUGACCUUGUCAUCCGAGCCCAUCAGGUCGUACAAGACGGAUACGAAUUGAUGGUCGGUAAAAAGUUGAUCACGAUAUUCUCUGCCCCAAAUUAUGCGGGACAGUUCAAUAACGCAGGUGCUGUUGUUUGCAUCGACGACGACUUGCAGGUCACGUUCCAACAACUUCGCGUUCCUCCAGGUCCGACUUGCGUACGGUCCUGUCCAGAAGUAGCUUGUGCUCCUGGGCAGGCCCUUACUCUACCGCAGAUUAAACAGGCAGCAGUCGCAGCUCAGACAAAAACCGUUGAGUCGAAGGUGAGGGAAGUGAAAGAAGGAGAGAAAGAUAAGAAAGGGGAAAAUAACAAGAAGGAAGGGGAAAAAGAAGGGAAAAAGGAAAACGGCAAUAAGGAUACGGAGAAGAAAAAUGAAGAGAAGAAAAAGGAAGGCGAAAAGGAGGAGGAUAAAAAGACUACUCAAAAUAAGGAGGAUGCUAAACAUGGAGGGAACAGUGAAGAGGAGGAAAAAAGUACAGAGAAGUGUGAUGGAAAAUGUCCACUGUUGUCCACCGAAAAUGUCCACACUCAUCAAUGUCCACUGUUAGGUCAAGCUAAGAUUGAUCAUUCUGGUUAUUGCGGCUCAUGGACUGCCUUCAAUAAAUCCCAUAAAUUUGGUUAG